AUGAAUUCACAAAUAUCGAUUGAAUAUGAUAAAAAAUGGAAGGCUAAUAGCGAACCACGUGGUUUUCCAACCAAACAUUUUAUGAAAGAUUCGAACGAUGGAUGUCAUGAUCAUUUUCGUAUCGAUAAAGAACAAUCGAUGCUUACUGAUUGUCAGCGAUUACUAGAACGAAAUGAACCGUUAGAUAAACCAGAUAAAUAUGGCAUUACUUUAUUACACAUUGCAGCUACCAAAGCAUACACGAGCGUUGUCCGUUUCCUGUUACAGCGCCGCGUGAAUGUGGAUCAAACAGACGAUACAGGUGCUACAGCAUUACAUCUCUGUGCUAAACAUGAGCAAGGUUUGAUUGUUAAACUGUUAAUUGACGCUCGUGCGAAUCCGACUAUUCGAGAUCGUUUUGGACGAAAACCUAGUGAAGUGUGUGCAUCAAAUAGUUUUAUCCGUGCUUUACUUUUGAAAGCGGAAGUAAAGUACGAGGAAAAACGCAAACGUGCCGAACAGAGCGAUGAUAGUUUAGAAGAAGAACAUGAAGAAACAUCAGAUAGUUUAUCAGAUGAAGAUAAUCGUGAUGAUGAUGGUUUUCAAGAUUUAUUUAAUCCGAUCCCCGAGAAAAAACAAAGCAUGAAUUCCAAUACGACAGACGACGAUGACGCUGUGACUAGAAUGCUGGAUAUUUUUGAAGAAAGUGUCGUUGAAGAAAAUUCACUGCCAACUAAGUUGCCAAAUGAUGAUUUGGCAUUAUUUCCAGAAAUUUCCGAACAAAGUGUACUCUAUGAUUUGGAAAUGCGCUACCAGCAAGGCCAAAUCUAUACUUACAUUGGAGAUAUUCUCAUUGCAUUAAAUCCUUUCGAUCUUUUACCAAUCUACAGCCGCAAGAUAUCGGAACUCUACAAAAAUACGCAAUCCAUCGUUUCAUUACCACCACACAUCUAUGGCUAUGCUGAACGUUUAUAUCGUAAUAUGAUCCGAGAGAGAACAUCACAAUGUGUUGUGAUAUCAGGUUUAUCUGGUAGUGGAAAGACUGAAUCAUGUAAAUAUAUUGUUCAGCAUAUUCUCAGUCGAUCCUUGUCCGUUGAAACUGCAUUGAAUAUGAAAAUUAAUCAGGUCAAUCCACUUAUGGAAGCAUUUGGAAAUGCUAAAACAUACAUCAACAUGAAUUCGAGCCGAUUCGGAAAAUAUCUUGAAAUUCAUUUCACACCGACUGGCAAUGUUCUCGGCGCUCAAUUAAAAGAAUAUUUACUCGAAAAAUCUCGUGUUAUUUCUCACAAUAACGACGAAGGCAACUUUCAUAUCUUCUAUUAUCUAUUCGCUGGUUUAUCUCAUGAUACAUUAGUUCGAAACGGUCUACGAACACCGAGUGAACAUCGAUACAUGUCACACAAUACUGAAUUAGCUCAAUUAGAUGGUGCCAGACAAGUUGAAUAUCGCAAGAAAUUUCAGAUGGUUAAACAAAGUUUAAUUUCUAUCGGUUUCUCUUCUGAUGAUGUUCAAUCGAUAUUUACAAUUUUAUCUGCGAUAUUACACAUCGGUGAUAUUGCGUUUAUCCCACAUGGUGCAAACGAUGGUGUACGAGUGAAAAACACAACGACAGUUGAUAAGAUUGCUGAACUUCUUCAAGUUUCGUCGAUUGAAUUCAGUUCAGCUUUAGUCACAGAAUUACAAGUGACACGCGGUGAACAAAUCUUUCGAGAAAGAAAUUUUAUUCACGCAUCCGAAUGUCGAGAUGCAUUUGCCAAAGCGCUCUAUGGAAGACUAUUCAGUUGGAUCGUGAAUGGAAUUAAUUCGUAUUUACAACCCUUGCAAGAAGACAGUGAUUCGGCACAUUCAAUUUCGAUUCUUGAUAUCUUUGGCUUUGAAAAUUUUAAAAAUAAUAGCUUCGAACAGUUAUGCAUCAAUUUAACCAACGAGCAUAUGCAACGAUUUCUCAACCAACAUAUCUACGAUUUAGAGAACUAUGAUUGUCAACAAGAAGGAAUCGACACCGUCGACAUCAAUUACACUGAUAAUCAUCUUGUGAUUGAAACAUUCUUAAACAAACAUUCAGGUAUUUUGGCUAUUCUUGACGAAGAAAGUCGUUUUCCUCAAGCAACUGAUCAAACAUUAGCAACGAAACUUCAUCAUGGACCUGGUGUACAAUUUCCAAGUAUCUAUGCAGUACCUAAAGAUGGUGGUACAACAUUCACUGUACGUCAUUAUGCAGCUCCUGUUGUAUAUAAUAUCGUUGGUUUACUUGAAAAAAAUCGCGAUUUUCUUCCCAAUUCGAUUGUUUUUGUGGCGCGAACAAGCAAUAACUUCAUCAUUCAAGAGCUAUUUCGAUCAAAUUUAAAUGAAAAAGGCGUCCUACCAGCAUCGCCCUCAUUACAUCAUCAUCCGAAUACAUUUCAUGUGAAUAGAGAUUUUAAACGUAAUGAAGUAUUAUUAAAUCAUAAUGGAAGACAAUUUUCUCCAAUGCAACAACCGAUUCGAACACUACCGGAAAAAUCUACUGGAAAUACAUUCGAAAGAACUGGUGGUACACAAAUGCGAACAGUAGCUUUUCAUUUUAAGCAUUCGUUAAUUGAACUAAUUGAUAAAAUGAAUGUUUGUCAAUGUCAUUUUGUUCGGUGUAUAAAACCAAAUGAAAGCCGUGAUAAAACAACAUCUCUAACUGUUCCCUGUGUGACACGUCAAUUACGUUAUUCUGGUAUACUUCAAAUGUGUGAAAUUCGAAAGAAAGGAUAUCCAUUAAGAAUGCAAUUUGAUGAAUUUCUUGACAGAUACAAUGCGCUCGUUCUGUGUGUACUGCCGAUUACUGGCAAUGAUCGGUCAAAAGAGUUAUCAUUAUUAUCAACAACAUACAAUCGUGAUCGAGCAGUUGAAUGUCUAAAACGCACCGGAAUUGACGAUUAUAAAGUCGGCCGUACAAAACUGCUAUUUCGUUAUUGGCACUCGGAUCAACUUCAUAAUUUAGCCGAACAAUAUGAGAAGAAAGUGAAUAUUUGCCAGAAAGUCUUACGUGGUUGGUUAGCUCGACGUAAAUAUACUCGCCUCCGUGAAGUUCAUCAAUUACAAUUAGUAUUCAUACGAAAAUUCUGUGAUGACAUCGCUUUAAUUGGUCAAUUAUACAAAACAAAAAUGGAUAAUUACUGUCAGUACGAUCAAAAGCGUAAAUUGAAACCGAACUCCCAACAGAAGAUCGACGAAGAUGAUGAACAAAUUGCAAAGACUAUGAACUUUUUCGACUCCAUUCUCGAUCAGUAUCUCAGCGAUCAAGAAACGACUGAUGAAAAUCGACGCGUUUCAGCUGCACUUCCAUCCACUCAUCUCGUCAAGCCUCCCACUCAUAUUGUUGCUGGCACAGCUGAACCAGCUAAACAAGAAUUCGAUACAAAUAUCUCCACUAUUACUAAUGCAUCUACGACAUCGUCAACAUCUUCUCAGAAAAUGCCCCAACGUCCAGUUGAUCUGCAUGCUUCUCACUUUCAUCAGUUUCAAAACAUUCGCUGUCGUUUUGAACAGAUGACAUCAGGCGUCAAUAAUUCACCGACAAACAAUGUUCGUCGUUAUACAUCGGAAAAUAAUCUCAACGAUAUUAAUACAGCGUCGAAACCAGCUCUACUUCAGAAAAAUCUUCGUCCACCACCUGUUCAAACCACUGCAGCAUCAACUGAGGACCUCUCGAACAUACCCGCUUGGAAAAAACUAUCACCACAAGCACGUCUUUCAGCUUUACUUGAUAAAACAAACCAUGCACCAACAUUAACAGCCAACGGAGCUAGUGCGAGUUUAAUUGAUUUAACAUCGAUUGAUAAGGCACCUAAAAACAAACAGGUUCAACCACCACCUUUGACCCGACCACGCUUUCGUUUCGUUCCACCAUCUGAUAAAAAUGCCGUUCUCAAAGAAGAACCUGAACCAGAUCUCGAACAACAUGUCACUCCAUCGAAUCAAAACUACGAUAAUGUGGAUUUGAAAACGCCCUCACCAAAUCGAACGCCAACAAAUCUUCAAUCGUCAGCGUCAUUACAACAACAACAACAACAGCAACAACAGCAGCAGCAGCAACAACAACAACAAAAACAACAGCAACCACCUGCUGCACCAAAACAACAAAAUGGUGUCAUCAAACCAUCGGCUAUUCAUCCAUCACAGGCUGGUCGCUCAGGUCUUUUUACGCAACCUGAUAUGAAUAUCUAUAAUCAAAAUGGUAAUAGUGCAUUUAAACCUCAUGUAUCUCAGCAACCAAGUCUUGGUAAAUCACCAAUACUAUCACCAUUGAAUCAAUUAAAUGGAAAUAAUCUCCUUCGACCUGUUGUUUCGACAUCGCAAACUUGUAUUCAUACAGCGAGCAUAACAAAUGGUAAUCAUACGCCUAAUAAAACUCAACAACCACCACCGGUGCCUAACAUAAAACGAACCGAAUCUGCACAUAAACCAGGUGUACAUGUUGGCAUAACCAAUCCGAGUGGUCCUGCAUGUGCAACUCCACUGGUUCGUCAACGUUUACAAACAGUACCACAAUUCCAUCAAUCGAUGCUUAAUUUAUCCUCAAUCGAUGCUACAGAAAGCGUUAGUGGAGCGCAGCCAUCCGUAGGUGUGUUUGGUUCACGCGUCUCCCUUCAACAAUCAGCAGGUAAUUGCAUGAAACAUCCAGCUUACGUUCAACAAUCGACUAAAAUCACUGCAAGCCAUCAUCAUCACCACCAUCAUCAUCAUGCCCCUCCUCCAGCUCCACCUCCACCGCCUCCACCCCAACCCCAACAACAAUCCGCAGCAUCGUCAACAACAUCGUCAACACGACCUCCUCCCGUUAUUCUCGAAGAUCCUAUCAUUAAAUGGAUUCAACAAGUUAAUGAUAGCAGCACUAUCAAUGGUCUCUCACCAGAUGGAGGAGGUAAUCGACCAAAGCAACCUACCUAUCCAUAUGGAUCCUACAUUGCAGCAGGUUCUGGUAUUACACCAAAUAUGAAUGAUACAGAACAUCCGAAUCGUCAGCAAGCUCAACAAUCUUACUUAAACCAAGUAAAUGUUCAUAAACAUCAUACUCCUCAACAUACUGUUCCAGUCCAAUCAGCUUACUUUACUUCAUCACCUUUACCACGAAAUGGUCUACAAUCAUUACAAGCUGCUAAUGUAUAUCAUUUCAGUCAUCAUCAUCACCACCAUCAUCAUUCGCAACAACUUGCAUUAUCAUCUGCAGGAGGAGGACAACCAAGACCUCAAGCACAUCGUCAAAAUAUGACUGUGACAACUUAUCUUUAA